UUUCAAUACGGGCCAUUUUUUUUUUUUUUUUACCAGGGUCAAUAUUACAACUCAAACUGUACACUGGAACUGGUUACUUUCUGGAGAUUAAACAACCUGGACUAAUGUAGUUUUGAGAAGAUUACUGUAAACUGAUCGAUAUCAGAGAGUUCCAUUAUUAAUGUCUGGAAGCUUAAGGCCGUUUACAUAAAUGAUUAUCGAACACAGUACCAAAGUUCAGAGAGGUCCUGUGAAUUGAUGCCCUAUUGCAGAAUACGCUGUUACAUUACAGUGCAAAGAAGAAGACAUGAGCUCCAGAACAGUUAUGGUUCCAGCUCGUUUAGUCCGUCAUUGCUUACACAAACCUCGUAGUGUUUGUUGCGUGGAUCCGGUGCGGCUGUACUAUGGGUCCCCGCAGGCGGCUACGGGAUCAGCUGUUCGCACUGUGGACCUCCGCAGCGAUACCGUCACCAAACCCGGAGCAGCCAUGCGCCAAGCCAUAGCAGAGGCAGAGGUCGGAGACGAUGUGUUCGGAGAAGACCCUACUGUUAAUGAACUGCAGAAAAUAGCUGCUGAUAUGUUUGGUAUGGAAGCAGCUCUAUAUGUCCCCACAGGAACCAUGGGUAACCUGAUUGCAGUUAUGGUUCAUUGCAGAGAGAGGGGUGAUGAGAUGAUAGUAGGUGAUCUCUCUCAUAUUCAUAUUUAUGAGCAAGGAGGAAGUGCACAGCUAGCAGGCGUCCAUUCUGCAACAGUCACCACCCUUGGCGAUGGCACCUUUGACCUAGACCAGCUGAUCUCCAAGAUCCGUCACGAUUACCCUAACCCACACUACCCACGCUCCCGCCUGGUUUGUGUGGAAAACACGCACAAUAUCCAGGGAGGGCGCGUCCUCCCACUCUCCUUCCUGCAGGAGCUUCGCUCUGUGGCUGAUAAGUUUGGUUUGGCUGUCCAUAUGGAUGGAGCAAGGGUGAUGAAUGCAGCCGUGGCUCUGGCCGUACAGCCCUCUGUUAUACUGCAGCACUGCCACUCUGUCAGUGUGUGUCUGUCCAAGGGUCUCGGGGCACCUGUAGGCACCAUGCUAGGUGGGUCAAAAGAUUUCAUACAAAGAGCAGUACGUGCCCGCAAAGCACUUGGCGGAGGAAUGCGCCAAGUGGGUGUCUUAGCAGCAGCUGGUAAGAUUGCCCUGUCAGACAUGAUUGGCAGACUGGAGGAGGACCACAGGAACGCCAGACGUUUUGCUCAAGCGCUGUUACAGUGUGACCCUCCUCUGUACCAAGUGGAUCUGAGCACUGUGGAAACCAACAUUUUGAGGAUCUACUUGCGGGACCGCCAGAUGAGCCCAGUGGAGUUCUGCGAGCGGAUGGCAUCUGUAGAUGAAGAGGAGGUGAAGGCUCUGGGACAGGGGGUCCAGGUUCUGAUGUUCCCCCAUAUCGGGGGCACAGUUAGGGCUGUGUGGCAUCUGGACAUCAGCGAGGAAGACACUCAGCUUGCGAUACAGAAGGCUCAGUUUGUGGCCCAAAAGCACAAGCUCAAGUCUAUCAGGGCAGCAUGAGAACAGCUAAUCAAGGGUGUCUUUACUCCGGUCUUUUUGUCUCAGGGACCAUUUAAAAACUGUAAAACUGCAAAAACAAGCAUGAUUAUAUUAACUUUUUUGCACUCCUGGUUGACAGCCAAGAUUCACCCACUUAAUUCAGCGGUGAGAGGUAUAGUACGCCCACUUAGCGUGUAUACACACACAUACACACAUUUAAUGGUUUCUCACAAUAAACUAUUGUGAUUGACAUUUGAAUCUUGUUUAACUGCAUACUUUGAGCACCAGAUGCAGUUUAAGGACUUUCAAAAGGAUACAUUAUAGCCAGUUUUUAUUGUUUUUAUCAUUGUGUUAUAUAAGAGUUCCCCAUAAGGAUGAGACGCAUUCAGUGUAGAGACGGAUCGUCAUGACGACAAAGCAGAGAUUUUCUGCAGUGGAUAUCACGAUGGGCUCAGGGCCACUGUCUAGUCGUGGCUGAUAAGAGUGAACUUUAUUACUACAGCAUGCAGGAGGAAUGAAAUGACUGAAUAUACAUUUUUUUUUAAACGUUGUAUCCCUAAACUGGUUUUAGGCAUAUAAUUUAUUCUGUUGCUUAUUUGCUGCAUUUUUACAGUCCAAUAGCCCUAGAUGUUUACAGUUAAUCCAUUGUAAACAGUGACAACCUGUCAAGAAAAUGUCUACGUUGUGUCAUUCCAAAAUUAAAAGGAAUAAAAAGUUACAUUUUGCUUAAAGAUAA